AGUUGAUUCCCCUCCCCCCUCAUGAAACGAGGCCGAGGUAAGUCCCAAGCGUCCAAGCGUGCCAAAGAGGCCCCCCAAGAGGUCGUCGAGCAGGCGGCCCCAGAGGACUACUCUACCGUCAUUCUGUCCUGUACCAGUAAAGAGGAACUCCUCCGUCUGAUAGCGCAGUUACAGCCCAACCCCAACAACGAGUCGGCCGGGCCCCCACCGAGCGUAUCGUCCAAAGACCCCAUCCUUGCGUUGGAGAAGGACACUCCACUGACCUGCUCACAGUGCCUUCGAACAUUCAAGAGGGCUCGUGACCCUGGCCCCUGUGCGACCUGCAGUAAGGCACGGAAAGCGUCUUCGAGGUGGCCCGAGAAAAGUGUUAUCUCGGCUGCCGAGACGUUAAGUUUCAAACUGACCAACUAUGCAGCAGAGGUCGAAAGUGGUCUCGGCUCUUGCAGUAGUCGACUGCCCUCCAGCUCUGUGACUACCCCUAAGGGCCUCAAUGUGGACCUGUUGGGCUUGUACGAGGUCCCCGGUCAGGUUCAGGCCGUGAAGAAAAACGGCAUUGGAUUCGGCGGGGGUGAAUACGAUGAUGCCAGUCGAGUGAGCCGAGGCAACGUGCUGACCUCCCUUCAGCAGCCUCUCGACAGGACCUGCUCGAAAAUUCUGAAGUUUCUCGCAGGAGCUCUGGAGGCGUCUGGGUUCGUUUUAACCCGAGGUAUAGCGGAAGAAUUCGCCCGGACGAUUGUGGACGGACUCAUGGAGUGGCUGAGGGAGUCUUGGAUUGAUCUGUGUGGUCGGCGAAAGACGGUAUUGGAAUCGAUGCUGACGUUUUUGGAGGCGGCAGUCAAGCAGGAGGCGUUGGUACCGUUGCUGUGCUCACCGGUGAGGGAUGGUUCAAACACUGUCUUCACGGCUCUGAGGACCCUGGCCGUCCAGGCGACUGUAGGAGAUGAUAAGAUGGGCCCGAGGGUUCAGCAGUUGGCUGAUUCUAUAGAAACUCAAUGGGCCCGAUGGAAGGACUCUCCUACGCCUCCACGUGGUCGGCAGGCUAGGGGUCGAGCUGCUGGUAAACGUAAGGCUGAGGUCACCAAAACGGAAGAGGAGGGGCCUGGAGGAGAACCCUACGUGGCGGCAUUGAAGCACUGCCGUUUGGCAUCCUGCGCUGGUAUAUCAGAUGUGCACAAGUAUGCGAAGAGUAGCGCUCCACCCAGUGCCGCUGCAGCUGUCAGAAGGAUUCAUAAUGAGCUUGGAUGCCUGGCGACCAGUCUGCCGCUUCACCCGGACUCUUCGAUUUUCGUAGUUUACGACGAUCGACGGACGGACCUCCUCAGAGCUCUCAUCACAGGUCCAGCGGAUACGCCGUAUGCGAAUGGUUGUUUCAUUUUCGACAUCAAAGUGCCGACCAACUACCCUCGGGCCCCUCCCAACGUGGCGUUGCUUACCACAGGGAAGGGCACUGUCAGAUUCAACCCGAACCUCUACUCGGACGGACAUGUUUGCCUCUCCCUGCUGGGCACUUGGAGUGGUCCGGGAUGGUCACCGACAUCGACACUGCUUCAAAUCCUGCUAUCUAUUCAGAGCCUCAUCUUUGUGGCAGAGCCUUACUUCAACGAGCCUGGAUAUGAGAGUUUUGCCGGCACCCCGGGGGGCCAGCGAGCCUCCGAACAAUACAACCAUGUGGUGAGGAAGGAGUGCUUGAGAUGGGCUAUGCUGGAGAAUCUCAAAGACCCCCCAUUGGGCUUCGAGGAGGUUAUUCGAAAACAUUUUGCCCUCCGGUCUGAGGUCAUCUUGGCUCAGCUCGAGCAGUGGAGUAAAAUUCCGAAUGACCCUUUCAGGGAGGAUGUGAUGAGGCUCACCGCUGAGCUGAAGGAGCGUCUUGUCCCCAAACCAGCGGCUAAGGUGGAGGUCAUCGAUUUGGAGCCCGCGGGCAAGGAACAAGGGCGUGUGACACUACGGCGGAGCGAAAGGCUGCGGAAAAAGGCCAAAUUGGGAUGAAGUUUUAAUAGUCGUUUAUUUCGAUUGCAUCAUUAAAAUAUGGUUCACGCCUCCAUCAAUACAUAAGUAGGAUUCAUAGUGCUACUACCAA